CGAAUGAGUUACACACUUUGUUUUCAUGUCAGUGGUUAAGGGAACGAACACCAUACAUGAAAAAUGGAUGAAUGUAUAAUAAUCUUUAUGUAUGAAUGGAGCAUUAACUAUACGAGUGAAUCGCCAAUCCUAUUGAAGGGGUCAGAGGGUGAGGUCGUCUUCCACUCUCAACCAAUCAAAGAUAUCUACCCAGCUGGAUUCUUCUCAAAUGAUUGGUUGAUAAAAUCAAUCGUCACUGCCAAUCGCGUUGAAAUACUGACUGCUUAAAAGGACAACAAUUGAUAAGAAUCGGUCAAUUAUUAAACAACGCGAGAACACACCGAACACAAAGAAUGGCCACAUGCUAUGCUGAACAGCAGUUGAAACUGUUGGCUAAUGAUUAUCAAGUGGAUAUCAACUCAAUCGACUUCGCUUUAGAACUCGACAAGAAUGACUCACUACACUCCUAUCGAUCCGAAUUUCAUCUACCAGAUUACAAUGAAGUGAUGAAAGUGAUUCAGUCGAAAUCUGACAACACUAGUCGAGGAAAUGAUGCAAGUGAUUCCCCGAAACGGGUUCUCUACUUUUGUGGAAAUUCAAUGGGUUUGCAACCAACACGCUUGAAAGCCUAUCUGGACAGUAUAUUAAAUGAGUGGAGAGAUUUAGGCGUUUUAGCCUAUCAUUAUGGUAAGCUUCCAGCAUCCUAUUGUGAUAAACAAUUGUCAAUCGAUUGUGCUCAAUGGAUUGUCAAUGCUCAAGCAAGUGAAGUUAGCAUCACUUGUAAUCUAUCAGUUAAUAUGCACAUGUUGAUUGCGAAAUUUUACCGACCAAAAGGCGAUAAAAACUGCAUCCUAAUUGAAGAUGGAAUCUUCCCAAGUGAUCUGUAUGUCUUAGAAUCACAAAUCAAUUGGCAUGGUUUAACACCAGACGAGUGCAUUAUCAAGAUUAAACCACGUGCCAAUGAGUACUGUUUGAGAAAUGAAGAUAUUCUACAAGCGAUUAAACAGAAUCAGCAUCGAAUUGCAUUGAUUUGGUUACCGGGAGUACAGUAUGUUACCGGACAGUUAUUCAACAUGGAGGAAAUUACUCAAUGGGGUCAUGAAUAUUCACAAUGUCCAGUUGGAUGGGAUUUAGCUCAUGCUGUCGGUAAUGUGCCCCUCCGUUUACACGACUGGAAUGUUGAUAUGGCUGUAUGGUGUUCAUACAAAUACUUGAAUGGCAGUCCAGGAGCUAUAGGUGGUUUAUUCGUCCAUGAAAGACAUCAUCAUCAAGAAGGCAGUUAUGGACCGAAAUUUAUUGAGUCCAAUAGCAAUAGCAACAACAACAACAACACCAAGAACAACACUAAUGGUAUUCACAAUGAAAUUAUGGUCCACAGUUGA